UGUUAAUUUUGAAUUUGAAUGUGUGCCAACAAGUUGGGCGUAGCGCCGUCUCCCGAUUUUCGACGUCCGACGUUCGACGACAACUCGACAGUUGCAAUUUGUGCCUCGCGGUUCGAACAACGCGUGGCCAGAGUUUUUAUUUAUAUACAGUACAUAUUUGUUUUAUCUUCGAUUUUUGGAUUCCCUUUCCUUUUUUGUUGUUGUUCGUUUGGCUGUGCAAUCUGCUGACACAUUUAUUCGGCGCGAUUUACAGGCAGAAUUAAUUGACGAGUUGUUAAACAUAUCUAUUAAAUGCGCGCGGCCUUUUAAAUAACUCGUGUGCACCGCGUUAAAAUUAUCAAUUAAAAUCAAUUAACAAGCUGCGCCGCGGAAAUAAAAUUAAAUCAAAUUUAAAUACAAAUAAAAGCGAUGCCGGGAAGAAAAAAAAAUCACCACAAAAACAACAACAGAGCCAGGCACCCACGGGGUGGUCAGCAGUCGAAGGAUAAGCAGGAGCAGCAGGACAAGGAGCGCAGUGCCUCGCCAACGGCGGAGGGCAAGGAGCAGCCAUAUCGCGUAGAACACUCGGAUAUAUAUGGCCGAUAUCUGGUGGCCAGUCGCCAGCUGGAGGCGGGCGAGACGCUGAUCCGCGAGGAGCCACUGGCCAUUGGGCCAUGUGUGAGCGGUGAUCCCGUCUGCCUGGGCUGCUAUCAGCCGGUGUCUCUCAAGUCGGAUCAAUACCGAUGCCCUGGCUGCGCCUGGCCACUCUGCGGCAGCGCGUGCGCGGGCCUCAAACAGCGACAUGGUCACACUGAAACGGAGUGCCAACUGUACGGAGAACGACGGGCGGUCGCCGGCGAACUGCUGACGGAACGCGCCGGUCCGGCGGAAGUGCGUGACCUCUACGAACUGAUAAUGAUCGUGCGCAUCCUCCUCCUGCGCCAGCACGAUCCGGAGCAGUUCGCUCUGAUCGCCCGCAUGGAAUCGCACACGGAGGAGCGGCGCCAGAACGCGGUGCUGUGGCGCCACUACGAGGAGAAGGUGGUGCACCGGCUGCGCGUCACCUGGCAGCUGGAGGACCUCGAGGCGGAGCAGGUGCACGAGGUGUGCGGCAUACUGGACGUCAAUUGCUUCGAGAUCGGCCAGAAUGGCGCCAAGGCGCGGACGCUAUAUCCGAGCGCCUUCCUGCUCGCGCACGACUGCACACCGAACACGGCGCACACGGACGACCCGAGGUCCUUCGAGAUCCUGCUGCGCACCUCGCGGCGCGUGCGCGAGCGGGAAGCGCUGACGCUCAGCUAUGCGUACACGCUGCAGGGCACCCUCAAGCGGCGCGCCUUCAUGCACGAGGGCAAGCUCUUCUGGUGCUGCUGCCGGCGCUGCUCCGAUCCCCGCGAGCUGGGCACCGACUGCAGCGCCCUCGUGUGCGCCACCUGUCGGACGGGAUCGGUGCGGGCGGUGGAUCCACUGGAGCAGACCGGCGACUGGGCCUGCGACCGCUGCUCCCACAAGAUGGGAGCUACGGAAGUGGAGCGCCAGUUGGACCGCAUCAACAACGACCUGGAGGACAUUGAUGUCCACGAUAUUCCAGGACUGGAGAACUUUCUCCUUAGAUAUCGGGAUGUCCUGCGACCGAAUCACUACCUCCUGCUCUCGGCCAAAUAUUCUCUGUGCCAGAUUUACGGGCGGACUGAAGGAUACUUACUGCCACAGAUGUCCCCGGAGGACAUUGCCCGCAAGGAGAGCUACUGCCGCGAGUUUCUGGAAAUCGUCGAUGUACUCGAUCCGGGUCUGACGCGCUUGCGAGGACUUAUCAUGUACGAGCUGCAUGCCCCCGUAAUGGUUCUGGCCCAGUCGGCUUUCCAAGGCGGACAGAUCUCACGACAGGAGUUCCAGCGGCGACUCAAGGAGGUUGUGAAGCUGCUCCAAGUCAGCAAGGAUAUCCUGCUCAUGGAACCCGAAGGAUCCACGGAAAACGCCAUGGGACAGGCCGCUGCCGAUGCCCUAAGCAAAAUGGGCUGCUAGUCAAAGGGGCUUUAGGAACUUUAAAGACUAUUUGUAAAUCAACUUAACAGUUGAGUUUGCUUAACAGAAAGUGUAUCUUUAAAUUAAAAUACCAAAUAUUAGCGAAUAUAUCAGGCUUAAGGU